AGUCUUUUUUCUUUUCACGCCCGGUUGUGGCGGCACAUGUCUUUAUGAAGAUUUGGACAAUUUACUGUCCUUAAUUUUAGAGAACCCAAUCAAUAUUAGAAGACGCGACAUGGAUACAAGGAAAUUAACCGAGAUUUUGUGUGCUACAAUUGAUCCUAAUCAACGAGCACAAGCUGAAGAACAGCUACUUCAGAUACAUAAAAUAAUUGGAUUUGCACCAUCACUGUUGCAAGUUGUUAUGCUAAAUGAAGUAGCUAAGCCUGUUCGACAAGCUGGUGUUGUCUACUUGAAAAAUAUGAUAACCUCUGGAUGGCAAGCAAAGGAGGUUGAAGAAGGAGAGCCAAUACCAUUCAGUAUACAUGAACAAGACCGGGCCAUGAUAAGAGAUAUGAUAGUUGAUGCUAUUAUCCAAUCUCCUGAUAUAAUAAGAGUUCAGCUGUGUGUUUGUCUGAGAACAAUAAUAAAACAUGAUUUCCCAGGUCGAUGGACUCAAAUAGUAGAUAAAAUACACAUCUACUUACAAAAUCCUGAACCUAAUAAUUGGAUGGGAGCCUUACUGUGCUUAUAUCAGUUAAUAAAAGCAUUUGAAUUCCAUGCAGCUGACAAAAGGGUACCUCUGAAUGAAGCAAUGAACCUGUUAUUACCCAUGAUGUACAAUCUUAUUGUGAAUCUGCAAGCAGACCAGUCAUUGGAGUCUGUUGUUAUACAAAAGCAAAUACUUAAAUGUUUCAAUUGUCUUGUUAAGUAUAUCCUGUCUUUAGAUUUGAUAACAAAUGAGGUUUUCACAAAAUGGAUGGAAAUUUUAAGAUCUGUAAUGGAAAGACCUGUUCCAGAUCAUACUUUGCAGGUAGAUGAAGAUGAGAGAAUAGAACUACCUUGGUGGAAAUGCAAAAAAUGGGCUGUCCAUACAUUAUAUCGUCUGUUUGAGAGAUAUGGAAGUCCAAUGAAUGCACGUGAAGAAUAUACAAAGUUUGCUGAAUGGUAUUUAACAACAUUUACCAGUGGCAUUUUGGAUGUCCUUUUACGAGUACUGGAUAGCUACAGAAAUAAAAUUUAUGUAUCACCUAGAGUAUUGCAACUAACAUUAAGUUACAUUGAUCUAUGUGUUAGCCAUGCUUAUUCUUGGAAGCUACUUAAGCAACACAUGUUUGCCAUUAUUCAAGAUGUACUGUUUCCUCUUAUGUCAUACUCUGACGCAGAUGAAGAGUUGUGGUUUAAUGAUCCAUAUGAAUAUAUAAGAAUAAAAUUUGAUAUUUUCAUUGACUUUAUAUCACCCGUAACUGCCGCUCAGACUCUUCUAAUAUCUUGCUGCAAAAAACGAAAGGACAUGCUGGGAAGAACUAUGCAAUUUUGCAUGCAAGUUCUUACAAAUCAAAGUAAUGAGAAUGGGUCACGGCAAAAGGAUGGUGCAUUGCAUAUGGUGGGGACACUCAAUGAUAUUCUUAUAAAAAAGAAGUUCUACAAAGAAGAAAUUGACACUCUUCUUAGUCAAUAUGUGUUCCCUGAGUUUCAUAGUCAACAUGGAUAUAUGAGAGCUAGGGCAUGUUGGGUUCUCCAUAGUUUUGCUUCUGUGCCAUUUAAAAAUGAAGGUCUUCUAACUGAAGCUGUGGGGCUUUCCAUCAAUGCUUUACUAACUGAUUCUGAUUUACCAGUGAAAGUGGAAGCGGCUAUCGCCAUACAGUCAUUCUUAACAUCACAGGAAAAAGUAUACAAAAUGCUUGAACCACAAGUCAAGGCUAUCACAAGUGAGUUGUUGAAAGUGAUGCGGGAAACUGAAAACGAUAAUAUAGCUAAUGUACUGCAGAAGAUAGUACCAAGUUACACAGAACAGUUAAUGCCAAUGGCUUUUGAAAUUACUGAUCAUCUGGCAACCACAUUCAGUAAAGUGAUUGAAACUGAUUCUGGAACAGAUGAGAAAGCUAUUACUGCAAUGGGACUUCUUAACACCAUGGAUACAGUACUAACAGUAAUGGAAGAUAAUCCUGAAAUAAUGGCACAGCUUGAGAAAAUAAUUUUGCGUGUAGUUGGACACAUUUUGCAACUUAAUAUUAUAGAGUAUUAUGAAGAGGCAAUGUCAUUGCUGGUCACACUCACCUCAAAGUCAAUAUCUGAGGACAUGUGGAAAAUGCUGGAAAUACUGUACAAAUUGUUUGAGAAGGAAGGCUAUGAUUACUUCUCUGACAUGAUGCCUGUUCUUCACAACUACAUCACUGUGGAUACUAAUGCAUUUCUUUCUAAUGAAAAUCAUAUUCUGGCUAUGUUCAACAUGGCAAAAGCUGUGCUGAACUCUGAUGCAGAAGAUGAGUCUGAAAUUUAUGCAGCAAAGCUUCUUGAAGUCAUGGUACUUCAAUGUUCAGGAAAAAUUGAUAAUUGCCUGCCAUCAUUUGUGGAACUUGUGUUGAAUAGAAUUACAAGGAAAGUUAAUACCACAGAACUUCGCACUAUGCUUUUGCAAGUCUUAAUAGCUAUCUUAUAUUGCAAUCCACAUUUGCUGUUUACUAUUCUCAUGCAGUUACAAGAAUCAGUUCCCAAUGCAUCAAUCACACAGCAUUUUAUUAAGCAGUGGAUACAUGACACUGACAGUCUUAUGGGCAUACAUGAUAGAAAGCUUUCAGUCCUCGGAAUAUGUACGCUUUUAGAAAUGGGUCCCCAAAGACCAAAUUUAGACGAAGUAUUGCCAAAAUUACUUCCAUCUUGCUUGAUGUUAUUUGAUGGUCUCAAGCGUGCCUAUGAGGCAAGAGCUGAAGCAGAUGAUGAUUCAUCUUCUGAUGAGGAAGAUGAAGAAGAUGACGAAGAGGUGUUGUCAACAGAUGAUGAUGACUUUGAUCAAACAAACAAUGAGUACUUGGAGAAUCUUUCUCGAAUGACAGAGAAGAAGUGCGCUGAACAAGACAUCACAGUCACAUCUAAGUUUGAAUAUGAGAGUGAUGAAGUUUCUGAUGAGGAUUAUGAACCAGAAGAGACAGCCAUUGAAUGCUUCACAACAGUUCUUGAUGAAAAGGAUUGUCAAGUUGAUGAAUAUAUUAAUUUCAAGAAGACCUUAUCUGCUUUGUCAACCAGUGAACCAGCUCUAUAUCACGCCCUCACAAGUGUUCUAACUGAAGAGCAAAAGAAACAGUUAAAUGCUGUAUUUGUGUUAGCUGAUCAACGAAAAGCGCAGCAAGAUAGCAAGCGAAUUGAACAGAGUGGUGGUUAUUCAUUCACGGUUCCAGCACAGAUACCAACAACAUUCAAGUUUGGAUCAUAAUUAAGUAGAUAGUACAUCUGAAUGUAUAACAACACUAUAUGGAAAGACAAAAUUAUUCGAAAACUGGAGUUUCAUAGUUAUUAUGAAAGCAUCUUUACACUCGAGCAACCACUUAUUAUGUGCAUUAACCAAUGUUUAAAUUGUAAAAUUAUGCAAAAAUCACAUCGUUCUGGAAUACUAAAAAUUAUAAGAUUAGUAGAUGGUGAAAUUUUAAUUAAACUUAUUUAAUAAAUAUUUAGUGUCAUAAGCAUUAUAUCGAUGUGUUAAUUUGUUUAAUUUUUUUACUUAUUUACAAAUCACAAUGUUACUGUCAAAAUAUAAAUAAUUGUAAGCUC